UCGUGUCUGCCUUGACUUUGGUACAUUGACCCAGUUUCAGCGAACAGCGCUCGCGCUGCCGGUUUGAAUGAGCGGCGCGCGGGGCUGCUGUCCAUCACAUCGCCCGCGAGAGGAAGGAGCGCUCCGUCUGUCUCCGCGCGCGCCUCACAAUGCUGGAAACCAAGUUUGCGUCCGCGCGAUGAAUCCGGCCAACGAAACCGACGGAGGCGCGGAUAAAUACCUCUUCGCAGCCGGGACCUACAAACUUCUGGCGUUCACCAUCGGGGCCAUCGGGGUGUUCGGGUUCUGUAACAACGUCGUUGUCAUUUUGCUCUACUGCAAGUACAAGAGGCUCCGCACCCCCACGAACCUGCUGCUGGUCAACAUAAGUUUGAGUGAUCUUCUGGUGUCCGUCGUCGGCAUAAACUUUACGUUUGCCUCGUGCGUCAAAGGCAGGUGGACGUGGAGCCAGGACACAUGCGUCUGGGACGGCUUCAGCAACAGCCUGUUUGGCAUCGUCUCCAUCAUGACUCUGGCGGCUCUGGCUUAUGAGCGCUACAUCCGGGUGGUCCAUGCCCAGGUGGUGGACUUUCCCUGGGCAUGGCGGGCCAUCGCCCACAUCUGGCUCUACUCGCUGGCCUGGACGGGGGCUCCUCUGCUCGGCUGGAACCGCUACACUUUAGAGAUCCACCAGCUGGGCUGCUCCCUGGACUGGGCCUCCAAAGACCCCAACGAUGCCUCCUUCAUCCUCUUCUUCCUCCUCGCCUGCUUCUUCGUGCCUGUUGGUAUCAUGAUCUACUGCUACGGCAACAUCCUCUAUACAGUGAGAAUGCUGCGUUCUCUCCAAGAGCUCCAGACGGUUCAGAUUAUCAAGAUCCUGCGCUACGAGAAGAAGGUGGCAGCCAUGUUUCUGCUGAUGAUAUCCUGUUUCCUGGUGUGCUGGACGCCCUACGCCGUUGUGUCCAUGAUGGAGGCCUUCGGCAAGAAGAGCAUGGUCUCUCCCACGGUGGCCAUCAUCCCCUCGUUCUUCGCCAAGUCCAGCACGGCGUACAACCCCCUGAUCUACGCCUUCAUGAGUAGAAAGUUCCGGCGCUACUUCCUGCAGCUCUUCUGCUCGCGGCUCUUCCACAGGAUCUCCUGGCUGCAGCAAAACCUCAAAGAGCGGCCGCUGGCGCCCACCGAGCGCCCCAUCCGACCCAUCGUCGUGUCCAGCACGUGCGAGAGCAGGGAACGACCCAAGAAGAGGGUCACCUUCAACUCCUCCUCCAUCGUCUUCAUCAUCACCAGCGACAACUUCCAGCAGUUCGACGUCACCUCCAGGGCCGGGGAUUCCUCGCGGGUUAACGUCAUCCAAGUGAGGCCGUUGUGAUCCGCCAGAAGCCGACCUCUCACUCCCGCCUCUCAGUAUGCCUUAUGACCAAACAUGCAGUUCCAAGCCAAACUAACCCCGUCUGACCUCCCUGACUGCUUCUGUCAGACUUUUUACAACCGACUGAACCCAACAAUCUACCUACGGCCUCAACAACACCUAAAAGAGUCAUAAAAACUGUGACCUCCUCAUUAAACAUCAGCUGUGGUGGUAUUAAGUAGGUAAACGCAUAGUGAAUUAACUAGUUUUAUGUCAUACAGCGUAUGUGACGCUAUCUUGAGUACUUAGAGGACUGGUAUGGAGCUAAUUUUGGGUCAUGUGACAUAUGGGUGGAUUCUGGUUGGUACCCAACUGCGAGUGUGUAAAGAUUGUAGAAAAUAAAGCUUUAGUUUCUUAAUCAUAAAGACAUUACAUGGAUUCAAGAGAGAGAGAGACCCUAUUUUAAGCUACCGAGUUUGUGUACCUCAUCUCAUUAUUCCAUGUGACGAGAGCCGACACUGUGAAAUGACAUUUGGUGGAAGUCGGUGUCUGAGGAUUACAGGAGUGUAAUUAGGCAAAAGGAGAUGAGAUCAGGGUGCGCCGUGUUCUCAAGUGGGACACUGCGCUCAUAGCCUCCCAUGUGUCAGCUAUGAAUAGACAUAAUUAAUGGAUUUCCAUGUCUAAUAAAAUCCCUUUUCACUGUG